AUGCCGGCAGAAAACACGAAGGAAGGGGCAAGACAAAUCAACGAUGAUCGGGGGGAGUCUGCUCUUGUGGAUCCGAAGAGAAGGGAGGAGAAAAAAAGGCGGGGGCCUCUUGCUCUCUUCAUUGUCAGAAGACGCCACCUCCACUGGAGGAAGGAGGUGGAGCAAGAGCAGAAAACACGAAGGGAAGGGGCAAGGCAGAGCAACGAUGAUCUGAGGGAGUCUGAUGUUGUGGAUCCGACGAGAUGGGAGGAGAAAAACAGGCGGGGGCCUAUUGCUCUCUUGACUGUCGGAAGACACCACCUCCAGUGGAGGUCAAGGGUACUUGAGCUUGCAUGCAAUCAAUUUCGGGUUAGAUUUUUCCGCAGAAGAAGAAACCGGUGGAUUGACAUGCAGGUCAACAUGACAAGUGCAUACGACACCCUAGCAAUUUUCCUCUUCUUGUCAACCCUUUUCUGUACUCCAGUAGUAAUUUCCACAUCAACCGAUGGGAUUGUUAGGAUUGGACUAAAAAGAGUAAAAUUUGAGCGAAUCGAUCGUUUUGCUUCACACCUUGGCUUGAAUGAUGGUGAUUACUUAACGAUGUCUAUUAGGAAGUAUAGACAAAGUGCUAAUAAUCUUGGUGAUUCCGAAGACUCUGAUAUUGUUGCAUUGAGGAACUAUAUGAAUGCUCAAUACUUCGGUGAGAUUGGAAUCGGCACCCCACCUCAAAAGUUCAAUGUGAUCUUUGACACGGGUAGCUCUAACUUGUGGGUGCCAUCUUCAGAAUGUGCUUCGGUAUCUUGCUUUUUCCACGCAAAAUACAAGUCAAGUCAGUCAAGCACCUACAAAGAAAAUGGAAAACAGGCUAGUAUCGACUAUGGUAGUGGAUCAAUAUCUGGAUACUUUAGUGAAGACAACAUCAAAGUUGGGGAUAUAGUAAUUAAGGAUCAGGAGUUCAUCGAAGCAACAAGGGAACCUGGUAUUACAUUAUUGGGAGGGAAGUUUGAUGGUAUCAUUGGGCUUGGAUUUAAGGAGAUCUCUCUUGAUUAUGUUAUCCCAAUAUGGGACAAUAUGGCCAAUCAACAUCUAGUUAAGGAACGCAUCUUUUCAUUUUGGCUUAACCAAAGAGGUAAAGAAGGAGAAGGGGGUGAAAUCAUCUUUGGUGGUGUUAAUCCAAAUCACUACAAAGGUGUGCACACAUUCGUUCCGGUCACUCAAAAGGGAUAUUGGCAGUUUGAUAUGGACGACGUACUUAUUGGUGGGGAAUCAACUGGGUUUUGUAAAAACAAAUGUGCAACUAUUGUCGAUUCUGGAACUGCCUUGUUAGCUGGACCAACGAGUGUGAUCACCCAGAUAAAUCAUGCCAUCGGGGCUCAAGGAAUUGUAACCGAGGCGUGCAAGGGUUUUGUCUCUAAAUUUGGACACAUAAUAUUUGGGCUGCUUUCGACAUUUGUCAAUACGAAGACGAUAUGCCCAUUUAUUGGAUUCUGUUUUCUUGAUGGGGAUCGUGAAGUUAGUAUUGGCAUUGAGAGUGUUGUAGAUAGGAGUGAUGGUGUAUCGCAUCCAUCUAUAACCACACCAAAUUGCAUUCUCUGUAAAGCAAUAGUAGGUCUUAUGCAUAAAAUGAUUUCCAACAACAACACACAAGAAAUGAUUUUAAAAACAUUAGGCAAUCUAUGUAAACUGGUGCCUAUCCCAGUAGAAGAGUCGAUGGUUGACUGUGCGAGACUUCCUUAUAUGCCUACUAUUUCGUUUACCAUUGCUGGCAAAAAAUUUGAACUUUUACCUGAUGAGUACAUACUUAAGAGCGGGGAGGGUGAUGAUGCACAGUGCGUGAGUGGUUUCAUGCCUUUGGAUAUAACUCCUCCACGUGGGCCACACUGGAUAUUAGGUGACUUGUUUAUGCGUCGUUACCACACUGUAUUUGAUUAUGGCAAUCUAAGAGUUGGAUUUGCAGAAGCCGCGUGAACAAGACCUUUUCAUCUUAACCAUAUAGAUAAUUGUUCGGAUUGAUUUGAUUUAAUGAGUGGAUCUAUUAUCAUAUUUUGGAAAACAUAUAUAAAUGAGAGUGAGUGAUUGGCCAUUAGUAUUUUUAUAUUUAUAUGAUGUUGGA